CUCAGACAUUUUUUUAAAUAUGGGGACCUUCUUUCAUUUCAACAUUGCCAUUCUACUGACUUUUAUCCAUCAAGCAGAUUUCAGCUCUGUGUUUGUGCUGAAGGGACAGGAUGUUCGUCUGGAUGUCCAGGAAAAUGUUCAACUGAAAGAGUCWGAGGUUUUUAAGUGGAUCUUCAGAUCAGCCAAUAUUGUAAGAUGCACUGACACAUUGUCAGUAAAAGUGUCUCCUGAGUACAACAACAGGGUUGAGUUUUAUAAGGGAAACUUCUCUCUGCUACUGAAGAACAUACAGGAAAAUGACAGUGGACCUUAUGCUGCAGGAGUGACUGGUGACAAUGAAAAAACUAUUAUUGUAAACCUGUUAAUUGUCCAAGAGAGAGUUGAGCCUCCAGUCCUGACAGUGGACUCUAACUCCAACAUCAAUGCCAACUGUAAUGUGACUGUGACCUGCAGAGGUCAGAACACCUCUGUCACCUCCAGCUGUAACAGCAGCACCUGCUCUCAGGUGGGAGGAGAGAGUAGAGGGGCUGAGACCUCCACUGUCCCCCUGCUCUCUGUCUAUGUGGCAGGGGGUUCCAUCAUCUGUAACCACAGCAACCAAGUCAGCUGGGCCAGUGACACCAAGGAGAUCAAAAUUAUUUGUCUAUUGAAAUUAGAGCGGGACAGAGAGGACCGUAACUACGCUGUCCACAGUCGGGUGAUGCCAGGUCCCGUCUCCCACGUCAUCAUCAUCUUUGUUGGAUGCGCCUUGAUUG